AUGGAGAGGUUAAGAGAGAAAAAUAAUGGGAAACAAAGUCUCAGUGAAGAUGAAAAUAAUGGUCAGUGCAGUGAAUCAAGUGAUGAAACUCUAAAUUGCAUAGACUUUGAAGACAAUGAAAAAGAGAGAAUGCAUGAUUUUAAUGAAGACUUUGUUGAAGGGGUUGAUGAAGGGUUGCAUGAAGCUGAUAAUGGGAGGGAUAAUGUUGAUGAUGACGUACCUAAUGAACCACCCAUAAUUAAUUUUUCAACAAUAGAGAUGGAAAAGGAGCAUGUCAUAGAAAAAACUACAUGA